AGUGACUGGAUCCAUUUGAAACUCUUUUCAAGGGCUCCUGUAGUAAAUUACCAUUACAGGAGCAACACGACCUGUUACAGCUCAAAGCGAGCAGCAUUCAGGAUCUUAAACUUGUUUACUAUCUCAUGCAAAUCUGCUGAACUUUCAUCUGUGUGUGUGUGUGUGUGUGUGUGUGUGUGUGAGCUGAUUACUAUUACUCACACACAUUCAUCAUUCUAAACCAACGGAAAUCUAUUUUCAGGAGUUGAGUUUCAGUUUUAUCAGCCUCAGGUUUCUGCUGCUGUUGUAUUUUGACUCCUGCACCAUGAGGAAGGGCUCGUGCUGUAUGUAUGCCACUGGAAUCAUCAGUGCCCACCUGCUGAUCGUGGGAAUCGCGCUGUUUGUGGCCGGUGUCUUCCAAACCAUGAUACACAACAAGCUGAAAGGGGAGAUCACGCUGACAGAAGGUAGUAAAGUCUUCGCCUCAUGGAAGAAUCCUCCCCCUCCAGUCUUCAUGGAGUUCUUCUUCUUCAAUGUCACAAACCCUGAAGAGUUUCUGAAAGGACAAGCCAAACCUCGUGUUACUGAAAUGGGACCAUACACUUACAGAGAAUACAGGCCGAAACGCAAUGUGACAUUUGUGGACAAUGGGAUGAAGGUCUCAGCUUACACACAGAAGAGUUUUGUCUUUGUCCCGGAGAAAUCUGUGGGAGACCCCAAUGUAGAUCAGGUGACAACCGUGAACAUCCCAGCUGUGGCGGUGAUGAAUAAGAUUAAAGGUGCAGGAUUCUGGGUUUCCACUGGUUUCUCCAUGUUUAUGAGUUCCAUUGGCACCACCAUGUUCAUGACGCACACCGUGAACGAGCUGCUCUGGGGGUUUAAAGACCCUCUUCUCACUCGACUGCGAACCAUUAAACCCGAGGUGGAAGAAUACUUCGGUCUCAUGUAUAACAAAAACGGCAGUGACGAUGGCGAGUUUGUCUAUCACACCGGAGAGCACAACUACCUGGACUUCGGCCGCAUUUACACCUGGCAGGGGCAAAAGGUGAUAUCGUUCUGGGGAACCAAUCAGAGUAACAUGAUCAACGGAUCAGAUGGGAGCGCAUUCCACGCGUUCCUGAGCAAAGAAGAGCGACUGAAUGUGUUCACGCCUGACCUCUGCAGGUCCAUUCACAUGCGUUAUGAGAAGGACGUGGAGGUAAAAGGAAUCCCGGCAUAUCGCUUCACACCACCCCGCGCCGUGCUCGCCAGUGGCAAAAACAACCCCGAGAACGAGGGAUUCUGUCUCUCGCCAAAGAAAUGCCUGGGCGACGGCGUUCUGGACGUGUCUGUGUGUCGCAAAGGUGCUCCUGUAGUCGUGUCUUUUCCUCACUUUCAUCUUGGCGAUAAGAAGUAUGCCGAUGCCAUCGAUGGUAUUUCCCCAGUUCACGCUCGUCACCAGACCUUUCUGGACCUCAACCCGACUAUGGGAAUGCCUGUUCGUGCGAUGAAACGAGCUCAGAUCAACAUUCAUCUGGACAGAAUAUCCGGCUUUCCUUUGACCAGGAAUCUAAACAGCACCAUCUUCCCCAUCCUAUUUCUGAACGAGUCGGUUGUGAUUGACGACGUUUCAGCCGCCAGAAUUCAGAAACUUCUGCUGAUUGUAACACUGGUCUCUCAUUUCCCGCUGAUUCUCGUCGCUCUGGGUGUCAUUCUGCUCUUCGUCACCAUCAUCCUCAUCGUACGAUAUUGUCAAAACAAGCCGUCUGCAAAGAAAGACACAUCGUACACUCCUGUGAGCGCCAAAUCUGAUGAGCAAGAUGAGAAAAAUGGAACGUUCAUUGGUCUAACGCCUGUGGAUUUACAGAAGUCUUGAACAGGGACUGCUGUGUGUGUGUGUGUGUGUGGAUGCUGUCACAAAUGCUGUCUAAUGAGGACUGUUUCUAGUUUUUAGAGUCGUGUGUCUCAGUAAACGAUUCGUCUUCAUCAGCGUUCGACAUUUGAGAAUGCAGCCUUUCAAACUCAGGACAAGAGCAGAACCGAACAGCAAAAACAGGCAUCUGUUCAUCUCAAUACUACAAAAAUAAUUCACCCAAAAAUGAAAUCUGUCAUUAUUCUUUAUUUUUUUUCCAAACAUGGAUGCUGUUAUUUUUUCUGUGGACACAAAUGUAGAAUUUCUUGUCAAAUCUCUAUGCAGCAUGUUUUAUUUAUUCUAUACGUAGGCCCUUAGAGCACAAGAAGGCUAUUUAUUUUUUAUGUUAUGUUCCCUUGCAAUUAUUUUAGAUUCCCUCGCAAUAAAUGAACCAUGGUUUUACUGCAGUAACCAUGUUGUAACCAAUUAUGGUAUUUGUUGUGAAACCUUAGUAAUAUGAAAUCUAUAGUAAAAUAAACCUAAAAAUGUUGUGUUUGCUAUAGUUUUACUACAAAUUACUGUAGUAAACCAUGGUUAGUCCUUAUGAUAAAUCCUUAACAAAAAAGCACGGUUAUUACAAUAUUACUAUAGUAAAACCAUAGUUAAUUUAUUGCAACUCAAAACAAUUAUUUAACUAUUUCAGAGAAUAUAUUUCCUCCCUAUGUGGCGCCAUAAUGCUAUCACGUAUGGCAAGUGUGUAUCAGUUCUUCACAAAUUUCUACUUUUGUGUUCCACAGAAGAAAUAACAACAUACAGGUUUGGGAAGACAUGAAAAAGUUUUUGUGUUUUGGUGAACUAUUGCUUAAAUGACUGAAGAGAUGGAUGGAUGUAUAUUGGAUGUGCUUGGAGAAAUAUGUAAUGUAUGGAACUAUCUCUUAUACACUGCUGCUGUGCUUCUACACAUAUGAUCAACAGUAAAGCUGCUUUAAGCUGUUUUUAAUAGCAUGUGUUAAAUGGCACUAUUACCUGACCGACCUGAGAGAAAUCAAUGAAUUAGGUUUUAGAAAUAUCAGAAAACUAGCCAAUCAGAUACACUCUCUGCCUGUCAAUCUCUUUGCACGCUGUUGGGUUGGCUUACAUGUCUUUGGAGAGCAGAAGUUUGCAAAACAAUUUAAUCACUUACAGGACUUUUAACAAUAGGUUCACUGAGUUUUAUCUUCUUUUUUAAAGGCCAAACAAAAGGCUUACAACUUAAAAAUUGGGACGUCUUGAUGGGCCGUUCACACAGGACACGUUCUUGGAUUCAAAAGCAACUAGACAGAUUGGCACAUUUUUCAAAGUUGAACUACUUUUAACUUGUCAUCUUAAAACGCUCAUGAUGCACAACACUGAAAAACUGAACAUGCUGUGCCUUUUCGUUUGCAACAUUUCCAUUGUUUCAAUGUUUUGUUUUAGUGAACAAACAACAUGACAUUGAGUCAACAUCACUGUGCCUUCUUAAAGACCCUUUUAUUCAAAAUAACGUUUUAUAAUGUCACCAUAUUAAAGUGACACAUUCAUGUCAACUUAAACUUUGAUCCUCAAAAACUCCUAAGCAACCAAAUUGGCCCGGUUGCUAGGGAGGGUAGAGUCACAUGAGUUAACCUCCUUGUGGUCGCUAUAAUGUGGUUCUCGCUCUCGGUGGGGCGCGUGGAUGCCGCGGAGAAUAGUGUGAAGCCUCCACAUGCGCUACGUCUCCGCGGUAACGCGCCCAACAAGCCAUGUGAUAAGAUGCGCGGAUUGAUGCGUGACACUGUAAAACAGCGAGACGCCAAAAUGACGGCCAAAGAUGUCCGUCUGACGCAUGUGUAAAUACAGUAAACCAACAAUUUAAAAAAUAGCUCAGUGGUAAAAUACACUGGCUACCACUCCUGGAGCUCGCUAGCUCGCUAGUUUGAAUCCCAGGGUGUGCUGAGUGACUCCAUCCAGGUCUCCUAAGCAACCAAAUUGGCCCGGUUGCUAGGGAGGGUAGAGUCACAUGGGGUAAACUCCUUGUGGUCGCUAUAAUGUGGUUCGCUCUCAGUGGGGCGCAUGGUGAGUUGAGCGUGGUUGCCGCAGUGGAUGGCAUGAAGCCUCCACAUGCGCUAUGUCUCCGUGGCAACGCACUCAACAAGCCACGUGAUAAGAUGCGUGGGUUGAUGGUCUCAGACGCGGAGGCAACUGAGAUUCGUCCUCCACCACCCGGACUGAGGCGAGUCACUACGCAACCACGAGGACUUAAAAGCACAUUCCAAAUUGGGAGAAAAAAGGGGAAAAAAUCCAAAAAAAUAAAUAAAAAUAAAAAUAGCACAGAUGGAACGCAAGAACUUGUCCCGUGUGAACGGCCCUUACGUAACUGAACAUGCUGUGCCUUUUCGUUUGCAACAUUUCCAUUGUUUCAAUGUUUCGUUUUAGUGAACAAACAACAUGACAUUGCGUCAACAUCACUGUGCCUUCUUAAAGACCCUUUUAUUCAAAAUAACGUUUUAUAAUGUCACCAUAUUAAAGUGACACAUUCAUGUCAACUUAAACUUUGAUCCUCAAAAACUGAAUGCAGAAGACUUAUUUUAGAUGAUCUAAAGUUGUAUUGUUUGUAUUUGUUAUGAAAUAAGUAUUAUUAGACAAAGAGCAGAACAUGCGAUGAGGUUGCAGUUCCAUUAUUGUUACUGAACUAAUAUUUUAGAAUAUAUUCUGAAAUAUUUAAAGAGUGGUUUUAAAAGUUUCAAUCUGUAAUGCCGAGAGGAUUACACAGAAGAGUUUAAAUGUGUUUUAUUGACUUUUGUUAAACUAGAUGUUUUGGUGCAAAAUCAUAACGAUAAUGAAUGAAGCGACAUAUUAUAAUAUUGCACUUAAAUUCACAAUGUUGUAUUUAAUUCUGUGUCUAUAACGCACUGUGUUUUUGGUCACCAUUGCUGAGCCAUUUCAUGUUUUCUUGUUAUUCUGACAUGCCAAAUAUAAAUUAAUUCAAUCAAAAGACAGUUUUAUAGAUGCUGCACACGUUUGUGUUUGAUUCACUUAGACAUCAAUGCCAAAUGAGACUCAAACUGUAAGAUCACAGUAUCUGUAUCAGCCAACUGAGCAUUUUUGUGCUGCAGUCUGAACGUUACGUGAUUUGUGUGUGUAUUUUCAUCCUUUCAGGUGUUUUUAAAUGGUGCAAAUUUCAAUCUGUGCCUUAUUAUCAAUGUAGAAACUGUAAAACUUCAAUUUCUGUGAACGCAGACGGUUUAUAAUGUCUGUCUUUUGAAUCUAUCCAGACGUUAUAUGACUAUACUGAGACUGCACAAAUAAUUGUACAGUUUUGUAAAUAAACGAAGUCUUUUUUCUUGUGGAUUUAUAAGAAAAUACAAUAAAAAAUACUUUCUGAAAGACA